AUGGAACCGAAGACGAAAACCUUCGACAUGGACGUUGACAUGGGCGCCAUAUCCGGGGAAAAAAUCGUGAUUUCGGGUAUGGCGGGGCUAUAUCCGGAGUCCCAUAACGUUAAAGAACUCUCACAUAUUCUUUACAACAAGAUAAAUCCAAUAAAUGCUGAAAAUUUUCGCUGGAAAUAUGAUCACCCUGAAGUCGCUCAAUACACUGGUAAAGUGCCUGAACUCGAUUUGUUUGACGCGCAAUUCUUUAAAGUACAUUACCGUCUAGGGAACAACAUGGAUCCUUUGGGAAGAAAAAUUUUGGAACAGGCGUAUCAAGCUAUAUAUGACGCAGGUAUCAAUCCAACAGAAUUGGAUGGAAAGAAAGUCUGUGUUUACGUUGGAACCUGUUUCUCUGAAACUGAAAAGGCUUGCUUUUAUGCGGAAACUUCCACGACGGGUUUGGGUAUAACAGGAUGCAAUAGAGCUAUGUUUGCGAACCGUAUCUCGUAUUGGUUGAAUGCCAAAGGUCCAUCAAUGGCUGUAGACUCGGCCUGCGUAAGUUCCACUGGGGCACUAGAAUUGGCGUACAAGGCUAUCACACGCGGUGAAUGUGAAGCAGCUAUUGUAGGAGGAGCUCAUUUGUGUUUACAUCCUCAAUCUACCAUCCACUACGGAAGAACCUUGCAAUUGAGUAUGGACGGCAAAACUAAAUCGUUCGACAAUGACCCCACUGGUUGUGCUAAAUCUGAGGCUAUAAAUAUUUUAUUCUUGCAAAAAGCAAAGGAUGCUCGUAGAAUUUACGCUGAGGUAGUGCAUGUUAAAUCUGAAUUUAAUUUGCUACCAAAAAGCGAAAAACAUGCACGGCAUGGCUUUUACAGGAACCCCUCAGUUAUGGCUAAGUUUAUAAAAGACUUUUAUGAAGAAGCAAAGAUUAAGCCAGAAGCUGUAGAGUAUGUCGAGGCCUUUGGUUCAGCCAAUGCGGAAGCUGAUAAAGCGGAAUUAGAAGCAAUUGAGGAAGUGUACUGUAGUAACCGUAAUGAUCCGCUUCUGAUUGGAAGCGUUAUGUCCAAUAUAGGAUAUGGAGAAGCUGCUACGGGAAUAUCAGCUGUUACUAAGGUUCUUCUUGCUUACCAUACUGGCAAGAUAGCUGCUAAUCUACACUGUGAGGUGCCGCGACAAGACGUGGCAGCUCUGCGCGAGGGACGCAUGCGCGUUGUGACUGACCACCAGGAGUUCGGACGAAUCUAUACAGCCGUUAAUGGAUUAUCUGAAACCGGUGUCACCUCACAUAUUCUUUUGAAUGGUCACUACAAGCCGAAGGAUCUUUCACGCUACAAAUCGAGCAUACCGCAGCUGGUCACAAUAUCGGGAAGACAAGAGUCGUCUGUAAUGAAAAUAUUUGAAGAUAUAAAAACUCGCCCCAUCGAUCCCGAAGAACUGGCACUGUUCAGAAGUAUACACAAAACAAGCGUUUUUGGUCACAUGGGAAGAGGAUAUACGAUACUUGAUACAAACGACAAAAAUGAAACAAUUAGUCUAUCUGAGAAAGUAGAUUACUUCAACGACGUCAAGCGUCCUCUAUGGUUCGUAUACAGCGGUAUGGGAUCGCAGUGGGCGGGCAUGGGCGCGCAGCUCAUGAGAAUACCGAUCUUUGCUGCGUCUAUUGAACGUUGUCGUCAAGUUCUGGAACCUAAGGGAAUUGAUAUAGUCCACAUUAUAACGUCACCCGAUAAAACUAUAUUUGACAACAUUCUCAACUCGUUCGUUGGAAUCGCCGCAGUUCAGAUUGGUCUUACCGAUAUUCUCAGUGAAAUGGGAAUCUUCCCUGACAACAUUAUUGGUCACAGUGUUGGUGAAUUGGGUUGUGCAUAUGCAGACGGUUGCUCCACAGCUGAAGAGAUGAUAUUGUCUGCAUAUAGUCGAGGAUUGGUUUCCCUCCAAACUCCUUUCAUAAGAGGAUCGAUGGCUGCUGUGGGUGUUGGUUUCCAACAGAUAUCUAAGCUGUGUCCACCAGAGAUCGAAGUAGCGUGCCACAAUGGCCCCGAUUCGUGUACGAUCUCCGGACCAGCCGACAUCAUGAAAGAGUUCGUCGCCGACUUGACGUCGAAGCACAUUUUCGCAAAGGAAGUGCCGUGCUCCAACAUUGCGUAUCACUCGCGUUAUAUUGCUGAAGCAGGUCCGGGUCUGCUGAAAUAUCUAACAGACGUGAUUAAAUCUCCAAAGCAAAGAAGUGAACGCUGGUUGUCAACAUCUGUUCCACAAGAACGGUGGGGUGAACCGUUAGCUAAGUAUUCCUCAGCAGAAUACCACACCAACAACUUGCUAAAUCCAGUCCUUUUUGAGGAGACUUCAGCUUUGAUUCCACCUAACGCUGUGUUAGUAGAAAUAGCUCCACACGGUCUUCUACAGGCGAUCCUUAAGCGAUCGCUGCCAGAAUCCUGCAAACAUAUUCCACUCACGAGACGUGGACACCCAGACAAUGCAACAUUUUUCCUUGAAGCUAUUGGAAAACUGUAUAUGGAAGGAUAUAAUCCAAAACUUGAAGCAAUUUAUCCUAAAAUCGAAUACCCUGUUUCGACUGGAACACCAAUGCUGUCUCACUUGGUAGAAUGGGCUCAUAAUGAACGAUGGAAUUUACCGCUAUACGUGGCUGCACAUAGAAAAACAGCGGCCGCUAGUAAAUUUGUAACAUCUACUCAGGACGAUGGCAGCGCCUAUUUGAAAGGACAUGUUAUAAGAGGUAAGUUGCUGUUACUGCGCAACAUAUAUCCAUUUGCGGCGGUAUUAGUAGCGGUGUGGGAUACUUUAGCGAUGUCGUUGGGAGCCGAGAAGAAAACGUUAUCAGUGGUAUUCAAGGAAGUGCAACAAUAUUCCCAACUAGUUCUUUACGACCAACGGCAGGUCACACUCAACGUGACUCUUCUUAGAGGCACCGGAAGAUUCGAAGUUUUGAGUAAUAAAACAAAAGUAGCAUCGGGUUAUAUAAAUGCAAAUACAGAAAAAAAGGAGAAAAUAGUACACGCUACCAAAGAAUCUGACGGAACUAUGACUUUAGAUUCAAAAGAUAUUUAUAAUCUUCUCAAUUCAAGGGAUUAUAAUUAUUCAGGCGAUUUCCGUUCUAUUUAUAACGCAAACCAAACUUUGGACGAAGCUAACAUUCUGUGGAAAAAUAAUUGGGUUACUUUUAUCGACGGCUUGAUUCAACUAAACGCGCUCAGGCGACACUACGAAUCUGUUUCCCAACUGCACACGGUAAAAAAAAUUGUUAUCGAUGUCGACAAACACUUAAAACAUAUGAAAAUAUUCAAUGAUGGAACAAAAGUCUUGAACGCAAAAAUUUGCGUAAAUCACGAUAGAGUCAGUUGCGGAGGAGUUGACAUGUUUACUUUGAGAUUCUAUGAUCUACCAUCGGUAAACAGUAAUGUCGCACUUAAAACUGUGCAAUUUGUCCCUCAUUUAACUAAAGAUAAACUUGAUAAAACAUCCGCGCUCUACGUCAUUUUACAAGUACUUGCUGAAAAUUUAAAAAAACAGGAAAUAAGUGUUGCCGAAAUCGUUGAUAAUAAAACUGAUGAAGCCAAAUAUUAUGAAUCAAAGAAUAAUAUCGAUGAUAUUCCCGGAAUACUUAUACAAUACUCAACUGUGCGCAGAGAAGAAAUCUUAAAACAACGUGACUUUUUGAAAGAUGUCGAUGUGGUUUUGGUCAACAACUUAUCAAAUGAUGAAAAUCUAGCGCAAGCUUUGCUUCAAGUAAGAAAGCGUAACUCUUUCUUAAUUAACAAUGAGAACACUAAAGAAACUGCAAAAAGCCCGUCGUUUAUGUUGUACCACACGGUAUGCGCUCACACAACAGGACCGUUGUGUAUUGAAUUGGCGUUGUUGCAUCCGACUCAAGUACAGGUUUAUUAUGCUGGAAUAAAUGAUGUAGAGGUCAAGAAAAAAAAUGGUUUUAUGGCUUUAGAUGAGAACAAUGAAAAUACCCUCCUCGAUUUUAGUGGAACUACUGAGAACGGAGAUCGUGUUAUGGGCAUCGUUUGUGACAAAUCAAUCAAAACAACCGUAAGAGCAAGUCCUGAUCUAUUGUGGCCAGUGCCUGAUCACUGGAGUCUUGAGGACGCUGCUACAGUACCCUUGGCGUAUUGUUUGGCAUUCUACUGCCUGCGAAUGAAGAGCAAAUUUUUUAAUGACAUGAAUAUACUAGUUCAUGGUGGUACCGGCGCCCUCGGUCAAGCAGUUAUAUCCAUCGCACUGGCACAUGGUUAUCAAGUUUUCACAACGGUCAGCGACAUCAAGAAAAAACAAUUCUUGCUAAGAUUGUUCCCGGAUUUGAAAGAGGAAUACAUUGGAAACUCACGUGACAUAACUUUUGCCGAUACUGUCCUAAAUGCCACUAAAGGUCUUGGUGUUAAUAUAGUAAUAAGCUGUGCUCGAGGAGAAAUAAAAAACGCUACCCUCAGAUGUUGCAGCGUAACCUCUACUUUAAUUGAUACGUCUGUUUUAUUAAAUCGCGAGGAAUACAACUUUGGAAUGAACUACUUACUUAAAUCAAUAUCCUACGUAUCUAUUGAUAUGUAUUCAGUUCUGGAGCUUCAUAAAAAGGGUGAAUUGAAAGAGUUGCAGGCCAUGUUGAGCGAAGGCAUAGCUCGCGGGUACGUGCGGCCGCUGUCGCGCGUGACGUACAGCGCGCCGCUCGCGCCGCGCGCCUACCGCCUGCAGGCCGCCAGCCGGCACCGCGGCCGCGUGCUGCUCGACCUGCGGGGAGAGCCCGCCGCCGUGCACCCGCACCGGCACCGCGGCCGCGUGCUGCUCGACCUGCGGGGAGAGCCCGCCGCCGUGCACCCGCACCGGCACCGCGGCCGCGUGCUGCUCGACCUGCGGGGAGAGCCCGCCGCCGUGCACCCGCACCGGCACCGCGGCCGCGUGCUGCUCGACCUGCGGGGAGAGCCCGCCGCCGUGCACCCGCACCGGCACCGCGGCCGCGUACUGCUCGACCUGCGGGGAGAGCCCGCCGCCGUGCACCCGCACAAUUGGAAAUCGCAGGGAAUAAAUGUUGAGUUGUUGGACAAGAAUAUCUUAAGGGGAUCUCUUUCAAAUAUUGUUAAGAAAAAUAAGUCCUUGAAAGGUAUUGAAGGUAUAUAUUAUGUACUUUCGCCGGACGUGGAAGCCACUAGUGCUGCGAGAAAUUUCGAACAAUUGCUGUUGACUUCGCAGAUAUCUCAAUCAACAUUGAAGUAUCUCGCAAUAAUAAAUACUGGAAAUGACUGUUGGGUAAAUACGAUUGCAAAAAACAUUCAGGAAAACGUAACUUUAAUCAAGUUACCUAAUUUGAAAAUGGAUUCAGUGAAUAAAUCUGAAGAAGCUAUUUCAGUACUUAGCGCAGUUAAUGCCAUUGAACAAGCGUUGUGUUCCAAGCAGCGCUUUGUAAUCAUACAUUCGUUGAAACAGGUUCCUCAACUAUCUUUAGUAGAUGAGGUAGCAUUAAUCACAGGAAUACAAAUCACCAAGGAUACACCACGGAAGGCUACGUUGAGAGAUUUAGGCGUCGAUGGCACUAAACUUGAACUCUUACGAGUUCACUUGCGAGAUGUCUGGCUGACAUUGCUCAGUGAAGAGGAAAUUGACUUGAUGACCAUUUCAAACUUUAUCGACUUAGGGGAAAGCUUCUCAGAAAAGGUCUUUAAAGAGACCAAAGGCUUGGAGACAUUUAUUUCCUACAUCGAUUGUGAUGAGCUUCUAGCUACAACUGAAAUGGUCUUUUUACCGUCACUCACAAACAUUUCUAAUGAGUGCGACGACGAAUUCGACGUAAACCAAACGUACCUGUGCGUGGUCCCGGGCGCGGACGGGCACCACGCGCGCUUCCGCACGCUGUGCGAGCGCUCCAAGCUGCCCGCGCUCGUCAUGCAGCCCGGCCUGGACGACCCGCACGAGACCGUGCGGGACAUAGCUGACCGAUUCGCAAAGACGCUCCUUAAGAAAACAAAAGUACCGGAUGGAUUUUAUUUAUUGGGUUACGAGAGCGGUGUAAUGGUAGCUUUAGAAAUGGCUGCAAUCUUAGAAGACAAAGGAUUAACUGGCACUGUUUUUUGUCUCGGGGGCACACCAAAAGAGAUACAGGAACAUUUUGCAGAAAUACUUAAAGAUUACAAAACUGACGACGAGCUCCAGAACGCUGUUAUACGUCACAUGUACACUUUAUUGACAAACAAUGAAAAUACAGAAAAGUUGGACAGUGUACUGUCUAAUCAACUGUCUUGGAACGAAAAAGUUAGCGCUUGUGUUAAUUUGGCAUCAGGUCAAGUGGUUCAUUCAAACCAAUACACCGAGGAGCUCAUCAAAGCAGCCUACGGAAGAAUUUUGCAAGUACGUCGUUAUAAUUACGAACCUCGGCAACUUCGUUCUCAAGUGAUAUUUAUACGUCCUCGAUCGAGCAAGAUUUGUAAGACCUCAAACCUACAACAAUACUCUUUGAAGCCUGUUAUACAAUACGAAGUACAAGCUCCAUUCGCCUUCGCUGCCGAAGAUCUAAGUUGCAGUAACAUUGUCAAUCGCCACCUAGAUCCCGCGAUCUUGGCAGCGUUUGAAAAGAAGAACCUUUGUGAAACAUACGUCCUUGACACUAACUGUAUCAUGUCGAACGCUUUCAACCAACAGUAAUUGUUUUAUGUUGCUUCUGGAAUAAAUGCUUUCUUUUAAUUUUAUCAAUAAAUUAUAUCGUUUAAAA